CAAGUAGUGAAGGCAGUAAAGGUAGAAGUGCUAGCAGUUUGAACACCAGCAGUUCGAGCACCAGCAACGCAGAAACGUACUGUAAUGAUAAAUGCCAGUCUAACAUUAAGGCACUCAAUCAUACUAGAAUGAAUAAAAAUACAAGGGUAAAUAAG